AUGUCCCAUGACCCUAAGAGAUGGGUAGGCCUGGGCAUGGCUGCAGACGACAAUAUUCCGUGCCUGCCCACGUAUACGGGCCACACAUGGUCACAAGACGAUUGGAACGCCUACUUCGGGCCCUGCGAGGCCCUGACCGAUGUGACAUCCUUUGCAGAACCCUUGUUGCGCGAGUUUCCUGAAGUGCGGGUGAUCCUUGUCCAUCGCGACUUCGACCCAUGGGUCCGUAGUUUCCAGCAAACGAUCGUUCUGCCUUCCUCAGCGGGCUUCCUGGCUUGGCUAAGUGGACAUGUCAUGGAACCGUUCAUCGGCUUGCAUAUCAGCCAAACUACAUGGAAGAUGUCCAUGGGUCUGCUGGGGCGACACUAUGCAAACGUCAGACGCAUGGUCCCGGCGAAGCGAUUGCUGGAGACCGACCUGAAAGAUUUGGACUGGAAGCCCUUGUGCGAGUUCCUAGAGAAGGAUACACCCGUCGCGCCAUUUCCACACUUGAAUGACUCGCGGGUUGUUAGCAACAGCUACGCAGGUUCCAUUGGAUCACUCUACGUGGCCGGCAUGUUGAAAGCUUCGGUGCCUACCUUGAGGAGGGGAGGGGGGGGGGGGGGGGGGGGGGGGGGGAAUAUGUGCCACAAUGGCCGGAAUGUGGGCAUGGGUCCAAUAUGGGAAGUAAAUCGAGGUUUACAGGCGGAUUCAACACGUUUCCGCUCAAUUUUGAUAUUUCGCUCCAAUCUUCGUUGUAAAAAUGUGGAUUAG